GGCCGACCCAGUAAAUCGCAGUUUGUUUUGUUUCUGUCCGCGGCAAGCGAGGGGGUGCGGGAUGGCGCCGCGAGGAGUUCCGGCGCUCCACGCGUGAAAAGCCUGCGGGCAGGGUGCUCUCGCCGUGACACCCUGGGAUAACUGCGGCGGGGCUCUCUCCGCUCUCCCUUCCUCUUCCCCCAGCGACUCCGGCAGCAGCGCGGUGCCUCGCUCUGGCAUGAGCCCCCCCGCCCCGGGAGGAGCGCUCCCCGGGCACCGCCGCCUCCCCUGGCCGGGGAUCCGGGUCGGGAAGAAGGGGCUGUCGCCGACUGACGCCGCGGAGCCACCGCGCUCAGCAACGCCAGACGCAGAAGGGUUUGGGACGCAGGUCUAGCACGCAGGAAGCAUGGCUACAAGUGCCGUUCCCAGCGAAAACCUCCCCACAUACAAGCUGGUGGUGGUUGGAGAUGGUGGCGUGGGAAAGAGUGCUCUCACCAUUCAGUUCUUCCAGAAGAUUUUUGUGCCGGAUUAUGACCCAACUAUUGAAGACUCCUACCUGAAGCACACGGAAAUAGAUGGGCAGUGGGCAAUUCUUGAUGUUCUGGAUACUGCAGGCCAAGAGGAGUUCAGCGCAAUGCGAGAGCAGUACAUGAGGACCGGAGAUGGUUUUCUUAUAGUCUACUCAGUGACGGACAAGGCCAGCUUCGAGCAUGUGGACCGGUUCCACCAGCUGAUCCUCAGAGUCAAGGACAGAGAGUCCUUUCCAAUGAUUUUGGUGGCGAACAAAGUUGAUCUAAUGCAUUUGCGGAAAAUUACAAGAGAACAGGGAAGAGAAAUGGCAACAAAACAUAAUAUUCCCUAUAUAGAAACUAGUGCCAAGGACCCACCUCUAAAUGUUGACAAGGCCUUCCACGACCUUGUGAGGGUAAUAAGGCAACAGAUCCCUGAGAAAAGCCAGAAGAAGAAGAAAAAGACCAAAUGGCGAGGGGACAGAGCCACGGGCUCCCACAGACUCCAGUGCGUGAUUUUGUGACGGGACCGCCUGGGAGUGCCUUGGAUGCCUCCCUCCUCCCCCCAGGCCCACCACCAACCCAGGCGAGGAGCAGCAGUGUGAUGCCCACAUGGCCCCCCAAGCUCCCCACAGUGGCUUGGACUUGGAGGAGGUGGCUCGAUGGGAUCUGCGCCCCCGCAGAGGGGACUACGCAUCGGGGCUGGCGUGGGAGCUGUGCAAAUGGGAGGCGGAAGGGAUCAGCAGGACCUUGACUCUCAAACAUCCCCAGCGCCUUCCAGGGGCCUCCAUGAUGUUUAUUUAAAAAAGAAAAAAAGGGAGGGAAAAAAAAAAGGAAGAAGGAAAAAAGAAAAAGAAGUGUUGGUUUUAUCUGCAAACAUUUCUCCUUGUGACCCAUUUCUGAACAGCCAUGAAUAGCCCCCCUGUUUGGUACAGUCAUCUGUGUAUGUGUGGGGGAAGGGAAAGGGCUUUUCUUUCUCUAAUUUUUUUUUCGUCCUCUUCUCCUUUUUUGCUGUUUGCUCAGUGAGUGUUGGGUUGCAAAGAAACACAGCCGGGGUUAGAUUUUUUGCACUGAACUCUCUUUUAGACGGCAGUGCCAAAACACGACUUCAUAUGAAAGUGCAUAGAUUUGGAGGAAGAAAAUUAAUUCCAGCUGCUCUGUGUGCUCCAGACAUUGUGUCAGACUCUGGAGGGCAGCCAGCUCACAGACCGUAAACUCCAGCUUAGGAAAGGAGGUUUGGGCUUGGAUUAUAUUUUUUUUCUUACCCUUUGUCAAGAGAUUUCGUUUCUGUUUUGUAAUUUGGGGCAUGUCAAAGUUAAGACAUUUUGCUAACCUGGAAGUAUUUAAAUUAAUUUACAAAUGGAAGGAUAUGUCAUCUCUAAGGGGAGGGAGAAGAGGAAGCAAAACCUGAACUGAAUUUGUUAUCUGAGUGUUGAAUUUCUCCCUCACAAAUGUGUGUAAAGUGGUGCAAUCUAAAUCCCUCUUUAUUAUUCCUUAACCUUUCCCUGUAAAGCCACUUUUGGGCAGAUGAAUUGUUUUGCUUUUCCUAGGCUCAUCUUGCACACACAGAGAAAUCUGUUUAUGGGCUUUGGCUCAAUGUUUCUUUAUUUCUUCUUUUCCCUCUCACUGAGAGUUAGUGAUGUGAAAGGAAGAGGUGUUCUGGAAAUUAUUCAAGUGGGAGGUGUCUCUUCAUAAGUUUGCUAUAUCUAAAAUGUCUCCCUGAAAACAGUGAAGGUUAAGUAUCUUUAUGGCCUAUGAAAAGGCAAGGCAAAAAACCUGCAGCCAUUCAGGCUACCAUCUGUGGCAUCAGAAAUACAGUUGUGCACAUCCUGGAAGGGCCACAUUGUCUUUCACACCUCUCCUGGCACUGAGAAUUGUGGUGGCAAAUUUUUCUCUAAUUUAAUGGAUUGUCAUCUGCUGGACUGAAGCUGUUGGCUCCAUUCACAGGGUCAUCAAGCUCCUUUAAAAGUAACAACUUGCUUUUCAUCAGUUUAAAUCUUGUUUAGAUAUGCUUUAUGGGCAUGACUUAAAAUAUCGGUAAAGUAUGAAUGCCUGAGAUUUAUGUGUCUGAUUGAGAAAACCCUGGUGUUGGAAACUGAAGAUCCGUUCAAGAUGGUGGAUCAUCACAGACUAAGUUAUUUAUUGUUUGUCUUUGCAACCUGUUCACCACUUGUUUCUUGACUCUUUGCCAGGCCACCUUUUGAAAUGGGAGUUGGCUGCUGAUUAUUUUUCAGGUGAGUGAGGCUAAUGAAAACAUUUUCCAAAUUGUCCAGUCUUCAUCGUGGCCAGAAGAUGGCAAAUGUUUGCAGCUGGCUCAGCAAGCUGCUUACUGUAAUGCUGACUUCACUGCCUCCAUCUCCUUUUGUGUGAUGACAGAUGCUGGGAAUGGAUUAAGGAGGGGGACAGUGGAAAGAAGCAUCUUCCAUGGACUCUUACAUUGGAUGUGGGCCAAAUGCUUCAGUAAAGUUGCAACACCCUGUGUCAACUGAGAUCUGACUGCAGACCAUUACAGCAUUUCUCCCAGUCGGCUGAACUGUGAUGACCAAAACCAUUAGGGUCAAAUCUUGGCUCUUGGUACUUGCUACAAUCUUCUGGGGGUAAAUAGCUCCCUGUAGGCAUCUUAUUUGUUCUGCCUUGAAACCAUCUAGUAAAUCAGAAGGUGUCUGAUAUUUGCAACCAACCCAAUUUGCUGUAACCCCCGUUACCACUUUCCUACCUGAAUCCCUGUCUAGCCAGAUUACUGGCUUAAUUUCUUUAAUUACACACAAAAAUUCUAUGGGAUCCGCCACACAAGAUGAUGGCAUGUUAAUACCCCCCAUAGAGACCUUCCACUUAAAAAUAACCUGAUUUCUACUGAAGCCCCUCAUUAUUUUAAUCUAAACCCUUGGGAAUACUUGCCCAAAAACAGAAUGUGUGUAUCUUGAGUCACAUCUGCUGGGUACUCAGCAUGGCAUGUGAGAAAUUAUCUGCUGUUUCUGAAAUAUCUUAAUUGUUUCUUCAGUUUUGUCAGCAACUAACAGCUAUUACAGAAUAAUGGGGAGGAGAGGAAAGGAGCAGACCAGCAACCGAAAGGAUAGAUAGUAAAGGCAAAUGGGGAAGGUUUGACCAUUUUCUUCUAUGUUCACCAAUGUGUUUAUAGCAAAGAGUGUUUUCCAACAGGGAUCACACCUCUAACAAGUCUAGGGUGCUCAAAAUAGUGAGGCGUACAAAGCCGACUGCCAUCUAACUCACCCGUUCGUAUUCAGAGCUGUUAGGAAACCGAGAGCACCUUCCCUGCUGUAUACAGCACCUAGACCUGGGUUGUGAGACACCCACCCACCAGCUGGUGAUUCUUACACUAAGGAAAGCACCAACCAUGCUGGUGGAUGGCUUAUUCUGUGGAGCAUCCAGUGGACAGGGACUUCCUUGUUGUGGUAAGAGACAGUUUGGUGAAGCAUCCUGUAAGGCAGCAGCUGGCACUCACUUUCCAAAGAGCUGAUGGUCCAAGUGACCUAAUAUCUUCAGCCCCUGGGUAACUCUGCAUUUGCUCGUCUCAGAGCAAUCUUGUUCCUCUUCUACUAAACAAGAGUUUAGGAGGUAGAGCUGGCCAUACCCUUAGCUUGGUUUCAAUAUACACUUUCAAACAAAAUGAAAAGAGGGGUAAAACCUGACAGAUUUUCUUGUAUUUGAUAACUAAAUGGCCUACUUUUUUAAUUUUAAACUAUGAGUAAUAUUUGUAAAACAGAAAAAAAAAUUAAGCUACACAAGUUUUUGUUUUGUAAAGGUGUAACCACUUUCCCAACCUGGGAUCUCCUCCCAUCUGUACCAUGGCCUUCAGGUAAAUCAUGUUGCUGUUUCCUCCCUCAGGUACUUCUGCCUAUAACACAGACACUGCCUUGUUUUCUUACCAGCUUUUGAGAUGUAUGGUGUAUAUUGUGCAAGUAAAUUAAUUUGUCUGUC